AUGGUCGCUGUACUGGUGAGUGCCUCUGGAUUGCUGGUUGAUGCUGCAGUGGUGACUGCUGUGGACACAUGUGUGCUCAAGGCUUGUGGAGGCAACGCCACAUGCACCAAGAACAGUGCUGGAGUGGCGUCCUGUGUUUGUGCCUCUGGCUUUGUGCUGCAGGCUGACAAGAGGACAUGCACUGACACUUGUGUGCUGCAGAUGUGUGGAAAUAACGCCAAGUGCAUGAAGAGCGGUGCAGGAGCGGCGUCCUGUGUGUGUGACCCUGGCUUCGUGCUGCAGCCUGAUGGCGUCACGUGCACCGACACAUGUGCAAUCAAGGCCUGUGGUGAGAAUGCCACGUGCAUCAAGGACAGCUCUACUGGAGCGGCGUCCUGUGUAUGCAGCCUUGGCUUCGUGCUGCAGGCUGAUGGCAGGACGUGCACUGACACAUGCGCACUCAAGGCAUGUCAGGGUAACGGCAUGUGCAUCAAGAACACCACUACUGGAGCAGCAUCCUGUGUGUGUAAUUCUGGCUUUGCGCUGCAGACGGAUGGCAGGACGUGCACUGGCCCCGCCACUUGUGGGAGCUGCCCUGCUGGAGCCAGGUGCACGGUUGCUUUCGACUACAUUUCAUACUGCAUCUGCCCUCCCGGCUAUGGCCUCACCAGCACUGGUUGCAUCAGCGGCGCCACCCCCACGGUCUCCUCCACCAGCAUAACCUUCUACGAUCAGCCCAACUACACCAUCACGCCCACCACCUUCACCAUGCGCCUCGACUUCAACGCCUACACCACCCUCCCUGCCUCCAUUGCCUCGAGAGUCUGGUCGACUUGGCGGCUAGACGGGGCUCCUGGAGGGGUGGGGGAGUGUGUGAGCUUGAAUGAGUAUGAGCAAGAGGGGUGCACUGGAACGUACAGGUCGUAUCCCAGCGCUUCGGACGGAACCAGCAUGACCUGCUUGGGCUUUACGUGA